CUUUUCACACUAAUGGCGACCUGGGUCACGUCAAGGCCAUUUAUACUUAAGCGUGUUGUUGCCAUAUAUAGACAAACUAUCAGCUUGAACACCCCAAAUGAUAUCGAUGGUUAUAUUUUAUAUUUGCAGCUGAACCAAGUAUGCCAGUGCCGGAGAGGCACUAUAUAGGAGAGCCUCUACACAACUGCAGUCAUGCUAUGCCAUGAAUCGGCCGCUGAGCAGCAGCUUCGAUACAGAAGCACGGUUGAUUCAGACCAGUUCGCAUCCAGGGGCAUAUACCUUUUAACGUCAUCGCCAUGCCCAGUUUUAUGGAGAGUAAAUACUCCGCACAUUGUAAAUAGGGGGUUCAGCUACGUCACAAGGGAGCUGCUCAUCUCGCCUUGCGGCUGCAACAUCGAUUUUCC